AUGUCCAAUUCCAGUAAUGCUAUGCCUUCGGCUCCAUCACCAAGGUUAUUGGGCAAAGUGGCAUUGGUUGCAGGUGGGGCCUCUGGAAUUGGAGAAAGCAUUGUUCGCUUGUUCCAUAUCCAUGGUGCUAAAAUUUGUAUAGCUGAUAUUCAAGACAAUCUUGGAAAGCAGGUCUGUGAAUCACUCCGUGAUGAAGAAAAUGCAUGUUUUGUCCAUUGUGAUGUUACAUUAGAGGAUGAUGUUGGCCAUGCAGUGGACUUCACUCUGAGUACAUUUGGCACACUUGACAUCAUAGUCAACAAUGCAGGAAUUACUGGACCACAUUGUCGUGAUAUCCGCAAUGUGGACUUAUCAGAAUUUGAGAAGGUGUUUGAUAUAAAUGUGAAGGGAGUAUUCAAUGGGAUGAAACAUGCUGCUAGAAUUAUGAUCCCACAGAAGAAGGGCUCAAUCAUUUCUACGUGCAGUGUUGCAAGUACCGUAGGGGGGUUAGGACCACAUGCAUAUACAGGGUCAAAGCAUGCUGUGUUGGGAUUAACAAAAAAUGUUGCAGCUGAAUUGGGGAAGGAUGGAAUAAGAGUGAACUGUGUGUCACCUUAUGUGGUCCUAACAGAUUUGGCUUUGGCUCAUUUUCCUGAGAACCAGAGAAAUGAGGCUGCAAUGGCUGGUUUUCGUGCUUUUUAUGGGAAAAAUGGCAACCUGCAGGGGGUAGAAUUAACUACUGAUGAUGUGGCUAACGCUGUGCUCUUCCUUGCAAGUGAUGAUGCUAGGUAUAUAAGUGGACAGAAUCUGAUGGUUGAUGGUGGCUUCUCCAGUGUAAAUCACUCACUCCAAGUUUUUAGAUGA